CUUACCUUGAUAUAAUUUUUCCUAUUAAAAACAAUGUUUUUUGCGGUUCAUUUGACUUUCACAAUCAUGCUAGGCAUAACGUGCGCUGGGAGCCCCAAAAUAAGUUUUAGGAUGUAUAGUUUUGACUUUCAUGUGUGAAUACUAGCUAGCUCUUCUGUUUUUAAACCUGAAUCUUCUAACCCCGCAUGCUUGAUUUUGUGCUGAUACAUCGAGAUUGUCCCUUGGAUGUUGACUUGAGCACUAUAAAAAUUCAUUUUAUAGAUGAAUAAUAUUGCAGCCAUCACCAGCACCAAAUUCUUCUCUCACAUGAGCUCAAUGCAGUCUUUCUCAUCUCUUCCCAUCCAUGCCAUUGCUUUUCUUUUGUGCAUAUUCUUGCUCACCUCUGCAAGCAAUGGCAACGACACUGACCAACUAGCCUUGCUAAAAUUCAAGGCAAACAUUAAUCAAGACCCACUUGGAGUCUUAAACUCCUGGAACGAUACCACCCAUUUCUGCCAGUGGCAUGGUGUUUCAUGUGGCAGCAGGCACCAAAGGGUCACAGCAUUGGACCUCCGAUCCCUCAAGCUCUCAGGUUCCAUAUCCUCAUUCAUUGGAAACUUGAGCUUUUUAAGGGAAUUGCGUCUCCAGAACAACAGCUUUGGUGGUGAAAUCCCUCCACAGAUUGUCAACCUUCGCCGAUUGGAGAUACUAGCUCUGCACAAUAAUUCCAUUGCUGGCAAAAUUCCUGCCAACAUAUCUAGAUGCACUAACCUCAUUUCUUUCAGAGUGCACUACAAUCUGUUGGAGGGAGGCAUUCCUAUGGAGCUUGGAGUCUUGUUAAAGAUUCAGUAUCUUUCUCUAGCUCACAAUCGUUUCGUGGGGACAAUUCCUCCAUCCUUGGGGAAUGCAACUUCUCUUCAGAUAUUCUAUGCCUAUGAAAAUACUUUGUCUGGUGACGUCCCUGCUACUCUAUGCCAGUUGAAGAAUCUUUCUAUACUAGCUUUGUCUGAUAAUCAUCUUUCUGGUAAUUUCCCACCUUGCAUUUUCAACGUCUCUUCACUGAUGACUCUAGAUGUAGGAGCAAAUCUUGUUCAUGGUAGUCUUUCAUCAGAGUUAGGAAUUUCUCUUCCAAAUCUGCAAUUCUUUUCCAUUUCCCUUAACCAAUUCACUGGUUUCUUUCCUGCUUCCUUAUCGAACGCCUCGAAUCUACAAGUGUUUGAGAUAGAUGAUAAUAAGAUUGUUGGUAAAGUUCCUUCUUUUGAAAAACUAUACAUGAUCAAUUGGUUAACGAUGAACUCUAACCAUCUGGGUACUGGGGAAGCUGAUGAUGACAUGACUUUUUUGUCAUCUUUGGCUAAUGGCACCAAUUUAGAGUACUUGGAUUUAGGCUUCAACAACUUUGGGGGGAAGCUGCCUGAACAAAUCAGCAACUUCUCAAGAAAACUCUCGGUACUAGUCCUAGAUGAGAAUCAAAUAUUUGGAAACAUUCCUCCAGGGAUAGAGAACCUUGCCAACUUGAAACGUUUCAGUGCCUGGCACAACAAACUCUCAGGCGUCAUUCCAUCUACCAUUGGAAGGCUUCAAAGCCUGGAAAUCUUGUAUCUUACAAGAAAUAAUUUCUCAGGUUCUAUUCCACCCUCUCUAGGAAAUUUAACCAUUAUAGAUGUACUAGGUUUGGGUCAAAAUUAUCUUCAUGGCAACAUCCCUGUUGGCCUGGGGAAUUGCCAAAGAUUAAGUGUAUUGGAUCUUUCUGGGAACAAUUUAAGCGGUACCAUACCUCCACAAAUUAUAGGCCUUUCCUCAUUCAAGUAUACUCUUCUUGACUUCUCUUUUAACCAUUUCACUGGAGUUCUUCCUAUGGAAGUAGGAAGCUUAAAAAAUCUGCAAAAUUUGGAUGUUUCUAAUAACAUGUUGUCUGGUGAGAUUCCUAGUAGCCUUGGAAGCUGUACAAGUUUAGAAGAGUUACUCAUGGAAGGUAACGCUUUCCAAGGGCGACUUCCUUCAUCUUUGGGUUUGCUUCAGGGUCUUCAAAAAUUAGAUCUUUCUCGUAACAAUUUGUCAGGGCAAAUUCCAGAGGCUUUGGCGGGCUUGAGAUCAUUGGAGAUUUUAAAUCUAUCUUACAAUAAUUUUGAGGGGGCAGUACCAAUGAAAGGAGUUUUCACAAAUGCUAGUGCAACUUCAGUAGUGGGAAAUGGAAAUCUCUGUGGUGGUAUACCUCAAUUUCAUUUGCCUAAAUGCCCUACUUUUAAUAAGCCAAAGAAGAGAUUGAGUCUCCAAAUGAAGAUAAUAAUCUCUGUGAUUUCUGUGCUUUUAGGCCUAAUACUUGUGCUUACGUAUUUGUUUUUAAGUCAGUUGAGGAAGAAAAGAAGAGAAAUUGAAUCAAACUCUGAUGGAAAUGCACUAUUAAUGGUGUCCUAUCAGAGUCUCAGAAAUGCCACUAAUGGAUUCUCUUCAGCAAACCUGAUUGGUACAGGGAGUUUCGGGUCCGUAUAUAAAGGUAUUCUAGGUGAGGAGGGAAUGGUUAUUGCUGUGAAGGUGCUUAAUCUUAUGCAUCAAGGAGCUUCUAGAAGUUUCAUAGCUGAAUGCGAGGCCUUAAAGAACAUUAGGCAUCGAAAUCUUCUGAAGUUAAUAACAGCAUGCUCAAGUGUUGAUUACCAUGGCAAUGAUUUCAAGGCUUUGAUUUAUGAGUUCAUGCCCAAUGGGAGCUUGGAGGAAUGGUUACAUCCAAAUCUUGGAUUAAAUGAGGCAACAAAGAGUCUAAAUCUUCUUCAAAGACUAGAUAUUGCCAUCCAUGUGGCUUCUGCACUAGAGUAUCUUCACCACUAUUGUGAAUCAACAAUAGUUCACUGUGAUCUCAAACCGAGCAAUAUUCUUCUAGACAAUGAAAUGAUAGGUCAUGUUGGUGAUUUUGGGUUAGCAAAAAUAUUUCUUGAAGGCACCCUCCAACCUUCAACCAAUCAAUCAAUCUCCACUGGAGUAAAAGGAACCAUUGGUUAUACUCCUCCAGAAUACGGCAUGGGAAGCGAAGUUUCGACAUAUGGUGACAUAUAUAGUUAUGGCAUACUUUUAUUGGAGAUGUUUACAGGAAAGAAACCUACUGAUAGUAUGUUUGGGGAAAAUUUGAACCUUCCUAAUUUUGUCAAGAGAAGCCUACCUGAACAAGUGGCGCAAAGUAUAGAUCCGAUUCUUCUUCAAGAGAACAAGGUCACAAAUAGCACUCAAAGUAAUUGGAGAAGUAUAAGAAAUAAUGAAAUUCUUGAGUGUUUUACUUCAAUAUUUGAAAUUGGAAUCGCUUGUUCAGUUGAGAUGCCAUCAAUGCGCAUGAAUAUUAGUCAUGUUGCUACUCAACUUUCUUCUGCAAGGAAGAAACUUUUUGGAAUGCAAAUACGAUAG